AUGUCCCGCGGCUCUCCUGUAUGGGGCAUCUGGGCUUUGCUGCCAGGCGGCUCCGUGGACAUCAAUCACGCCAGGCGCGUCGCCAGGUGUCGCCCCUGCUUCGGCUUGGGCAGGGGCCAUAGGCUAGGGGAGCUCGCGACGCUGGCGGGCGAGGGGGGCGGCCCCCAGCGCUGGGAACGGCUCGGGGACUGCGAGGCCCCGCGGCACCCGGGCACCCGGGCACCCGACGCGCCCGGGCACCCCGGCAUCCGGGGCACCCAGCUACCCGGGCACCCGGGCGCCCAGGUGUUCGGGCUGGGGCACUCCCUUGGCGCCAAGCUGCACGUGAUCCGGCACUCCACUGGCGUGGAGGGAGCGCGGUCGGAGCCGCUGGCCGUGAUGGCCUUCAACAACUUCGGCCUGUCCGACUCGCUUACCCUUGCCAAGGAGGCGCUGCAGGCCUUCCAGGGCGGCAGUGUGUCCCCGACGGUUGACGCGGUGUGGAACAUGCUGCAGCCGCUCGCGCAGCAGGCAGCCAAGAACGCGGGGAUGGAGUUCACGCCAGACCCGGGUGAGAUGGAGGACAUGAUCAGGGCGGGGUACGCGGCCAAGAGCACGAGGAUCAUCGGCUUCGGCAUAGACCAGCUGGACUGCGGCGCGGACCUCUCCGACGCGGCCUCCGAGACGGGUAGCGGGCCCAUCGUGUGCAGGGACCUGCCUGGCAACCAUCUGACGCCCGUCUUCUUCAGCGUCGGCGACCUCGCGGGCGAGGCGCUGGGCGGCGCGGGCGCCAUGGGACAGCGCGCGGCCAAGGCCGCGCAGCAGCAGAGGUUCGAGGUGGGCGACCAGCAGGAGCUGGAUGCGCUGUUGGAGGAGCUGGCGGCGUGGCUGCGCCCGUGCACGUACACGUCCUACGCCUCCAGGCACCUGAAGGACAAAGACCAGGCGCAAAGCAACGACUGGAGGGAACAUGACAACCACAACACCAACCACAUCACGAAGUACAAGUACAUCGUCCUCCAGGAGCAGGAGGGGGACGAGGACAGUGACUUGGAGGUGGCCCUGGACGAGGACGCGGACGCCGUGCAGGAGGCUCGGAAGGACGUCUCCUACCGUUUCGUGGAGGACGUCGUCGACUCGGAGGUUGCCGCCACCCCGCGAGGGCCCGCCGACGCGGGCACCGGCGCCCCGUGCGGCGCUGGGCCGUCGCAGCGGGCGAAGGACGACUAUGACCUCAUGAGCGAGAGUGACGGGGACGAUGACGAGGAACGCGGGUCGCCCGUCCGAGACGCGGGAUGGGCGGCCGCUGACCUGCGCCCUGGGCUCGCGAGUGCCCCCCAGCGUCGCCGCCCGCUGCCACGCGAGGCUGCCGGCGCCAUGUUCGGCGGCGGUGCUGCCCCUGGCGUGGGCGGCGCUGGUGGCGGGGGCGCGCUGGCGGGGCCAGCAGGCGGCCUCCUCGGCGUCGGAGGCGGAGGCGUCGCGGGUGGGUUUGCGGCCCUGCCUCCGGGCGCAGGCGCCGUGCUGCCGCCGCCCCCGCCACCUCGUGGCAAGGCCGCUGGCGGAGGCGCUGGAGGCAGGCGCGCGGCCAAGGCGGCCAGGCCCUGGGCGGCAUGGGCAAGCCGCCGCCCGCGGGCCGCGGCGGGAAGGCGGCUGCCGCCGGCGCCGUUGCUGGCGGAGGACGUGGCCGCCGCCGAGGUGCCGCCGCGGCUGCUGCAGCCGCUGGUGCCGCCCCCGCUGGAGGAGGCGCGCCUGGAGCGCGCGGCGCAGGAGGUGUGGUGCUUGGGCUUCCUGGCGUCGGCGUCGUCGGCGGGCCGCCCGCUGCCGCUGGAGGCGGAGCGGGCCCAGCGGGUGCCGCGUUCCCGCCUGCCCCGAUCGCGGGCGGCCCGCCUGUGGGCUGUGGCGGCAUGGCCCCAUGGGCCGCAGGAGGCGCUGGGCUGCUGGGCUUGGCUGGAGGCUACCCUGGCGGUGCGGUCGUCUGGGGGGGGGGAGCUGCGGGGCCUGCCGGUCUUCCCGCGUACGGCGGCGCAUUCGGCAUGCCAGCGGUGGCUGCUCCUCGAGGCUGCGGCGGAGGACCUGCUGGCCCCUGGAUCUACCCCCCCCUUGGCGCCGUACGCUCUUCAGCAGCUCCAGUUGGCCCCAGGCGCGCGUCUGGAGCUGGUGAUGUACGACGCUUGGGGCCAGCCGAGCGGGACGGCCGAGAUCUGCGUGACAGGCGUCGGCGCGAGGGCCGCGGCGGGCUCGAGCGGAGACGACGGCGCAGACGGAGCCCCGAGGACCGAGGAGCAGCUCAAAAAGGUGGCGCAGCGCCUGGAACUGGUGGAUUUCAGGGGCGUUGGGCUGGCCUCGCAGGGGGAGCUCGCGUUGGCGGUGGCGGCCUGCUCGGGCCUCGGGCAACGCUCGCUGGCGGCAGGGCUGCUUUUCAUCGGGCAGGGGUCGCGGCCGCGGGGCAGCGGGGCGAGGGGCUGGCGCGCGGCCCGCCGCGCCGCCGCGGCCGCAGCUUCGGCGGAGGCGCGCCCGCCGAGCCCAGCCAGGGCGUCGCCCUCGCCUCGGCGCGCGCGGGCGGCGGCCGCGGCGCGCGGGCUCAGCCCUGGGCUGCGUCGCAGGCCCGGCCCCCGCCUUGGGCCGCGAGCGCGGGGCCCGCCGCGGCGCGUGAUGUUCGCCGAUCCCGUGGCGGAGCGCAGCCCGGUCAGGCAGGGCCCCGCGGGCGGGGCGGCCAAGGGGGGUCAGCUAGCGACCGCGGGCCUGCGACAGGUCGAGCGGCCCGCGGCGCGACGAGGGCGAGUGGCGCGGCAAGAGCCCUGGCAGGGGCAAGGGCGAGCGCCCCAGCGAGGGCAGGAAUCGACAUGCAUGUUGGAGGAGUUGGAGCGCGGCUACCGCUCCGACACCUCUAGAGGCAGCUGGGGGUCCGAGAUCACGAGCAACAGCACGGGCGUGCUGCCGAUGAACCGCGGGGCCAUCCCUUGCCACUUCCCGCGGGGAGCGGUCGUCGUGACCUGA